AUGAUGACAAAUAACAUUAAUAACGAGUUUGAUCAUGGCUGUCCUGGUCUUGGUAUUUAUUCAUUGUAUCCAUUUUAUGUCAUAGACUACCUUGGAGUUGGUUAUGAUUCAAUUUACGCAAAUUCGGUUGGCGGUGAUUCUACUUUGUUAGACCCAGGAUAUAGAGCUCCUAUAAUAGAAUUUGCAUGGAGAAAGAACUCGGAAGGAUACUCUCCUACUUUAGGAUCAUUGCACCCAGUAGGUGGAUGGGUCAGACCUGUUUUUUCAUGUAGUAGAUCAACUAAAAUAAAUGAAAUAAGCAACUUGGAAGAACUUAAGGAUUCGUUAUCAGCAAGUACUAAAUUGAAUGGAGAUAUUCCAGAAAAUUCAUUUACUGGUUCCUUGGAAUACAAAAACGCCGUUAUGAACUCAAAGUAUGCAUGCAAUUUUUUACAUGAUUUUAGAUCAAAAAGGCAGAAGAUAUACAAUAAAACUGAGCAGUGCGUUAGAUAUCAAGUCGGAAUUCCCUUAAAUUUAAAGUGGGAGUACACUGAAUAUUUUAACCACAUUGUUUCCAAGCUUCCAGUCUUAAGCUCUAAAUUAAUUGAAAACUGUAACAUUGAUAAUAAAUUGAAUUUGUCUGAUGAAGAAUGUAAGUCUAUUAAGCCGUGGAUUAAAUUUUUUGAGGUGUUUGGGACUCAUUUUAAUAACCAGCUUACUCUUGGUAUAUACAUUGUAGUAUAUUGUGGUAAAAUAAACCAAACAAUGGUAUUUGAUUCUUCAACUUUAGAAGGACUUAAGAAAAAGGGAAUAGAUAUAGAAGCUGAGGUUAGAACUGAAUUGGGUUCAGAAAAUGGCAAGUUGAAUCUAGACAUGAGUGGUUCAAAAGCUAGGCUUGAUGAAAUUGGUCAAAAGAAAAUGUAUGUGAUAGGUGGUAAAAUGCCUAAUUUCCCAAUGGAUGAUAAUGAAUUUGCACACUGGGCAGAAACUGUAGCUGAAAAUCCAAUGCCAAUUGGAGUUGUUUCAACUAGUUUAAAGACAUUAAUCAAACCGGCUUUGCACCCAUCUUAUGACCAAGCCCUACACCAGUAUGCUAUACUGAACGGGAUAAGUUAUGAAAAAUUAAAGAUGAUAACCGGUAAUUCAAUUGAACUUUCGAAAGAGAUUGAAAAUGGUACUACGAUUGUUUCAUGGAACAACAAUAAUAAAAUCAAAUGUCCUACUGGUUCAAAAACCCUCAUGGGCAUUUCCCUUAUUUUCGGGGGUGAAAAGUUACUAGGAGUCAAAUAUUGCAAAUCUAAAAUGAAAGAGUGUAUAAUUCCAACAUAUGAAAACGUAGAGAACUCACUUAGCUGGAUAACUUGUACUUAUGGGUUACAACCCGAAGUUCAACAAGUAACAAAGAUAUCCAAAAAGGAUGAUAAAAACAUUGAACUAGAGUGCCCGAAUCACUCAAUGAUACAAAUCGGAUUAGUGAUUGUUACAGUUGACGGAGUAAUUUCAUCAACAAAGGAGUGUGAAUACGGAAGUAAAUCUUGCAAAUAUGAUCUUGUUGAUAAUGAAACUUCUUACAUUUGGGCACUAUGUUAUUCACAUUUGGAAAAAGUUAAUAAGCUUCAACUAAAAAUUUUAAUUUCCAGUAUAUCUAACGAUGCAAAAAUUUCAUGCUCAGAUGGUUACAAAAUUAUUACUGGGCAUGUUUCAUAUUUUCCAGAAAAGGACACUUCAAACUUUGACGACACAGAACCCUGCAUGAAACACACUCAAAGUUGCUCUUCUAAAUCAAAUAAAAAGAGCAUAAUCUUUGCAUUGUGUAAAUCAUCAUUAUAUUAA